CAAAUUUUCUCUCUUGGGUCUGCUCUUACCUACGACAUCACCCACCUACAUAACCCAGACAACAAACCUUCCCCUCCACAACUAGAUUCAUUUGCUCUCAACACGCUGAGAGCAUCAGAACUGGUUUACUUUCCAGUCUACAGAUACUACUACCCGAUUCCACAGCCUCCCCGCGAGUCCUGUGGAUUUUCAUCGACCUCAACAAACCCCACCUUCGAUUCUUUGAUCCUAGGUCUCAAGCAGUGCUUGUGAUCUAGAUCCAUAUCACCCACAACCCGCAAUCAUGGCUACCGACAAGGGACUCGAGGACGUCCCCGAGGGUCAGAUCGAGUCCAACUAUGACGAGACCGUCGACUCCUUCGAUGAGAUGGCACUCAAGUCUGAGUUGCUCCGAGGCAUCUACGCUUACGGUUUUGAGCGCCCCUCUGCCAUCCAGCAGCGCGCUAUUAUGCCUGUCAUCAAGGGCCACGAUGUUAUCGCUCAGGCCCAGUCUGGUACCGGCAAGACCGCCACCUUCUCUAUCUCGGUCCUCCAGAAGAUCGACCCCAGCCUGAAGCAGUGCCAGGCUCUGAUCCUCGCUCCCACCCGUGAGCUGGCUCAGCAGAUCCAGAAGGUCGUCGUCGCUAUCGGCGACUUCAUGAACAUUGAGUGCCACGCCUGCAUUGGUGGCACCAGCGUUCGUGAUGACAUGAAGGCCCUGCAGGACGGCCCCCAGGUCGUCGUCGGUACCCCCGGCCGUGUCCACGACAUGAUCCAGCGUCGCUUCCUCAAGACCGACGGUAUGAAGAUGUUCGUCCUCGACGAGGCUGACGAGAUGCUUUCCCGUGGUUUCACCGAGCAAAUCUACGACAUCUUCCAGCUGCUGCCCCAGUCCACCCAGGUCGUCCUCCUGUCCGCCACCAUGCCCCAGGAUGUCCUCGAGGUCACCACCAAGUUCAUGCGCGACCCCGUCAGGAUUCUCGUCAAGAAGGACGAGCUUACCCUUGAGGGUAUCAAGCAGUUCUACAUCGCCGUCGAGAAGGAGGAGUGGAAGCUCGACACCCUGUCCGAUCUGUACGAGACCGUGACCAUCACCCAAGCCGUCAUCUUCUGCAACACCCGCAGAAAGGUCGACUGGCUCACCGACAAGCUCACUGCCCGUGACUUCACCGUCUCUGCUAUGCACGGUGACAUGGACCAGGCUCAGCGUGACCUGAUUAUGAAGGAGUUCCGGUCCGGCUCCUCCCGUGUCCUGAUCGCCACUGACCUGCUGGCCCGUGGUAUCGAUGUCCAGCAAGUCUCCCUGGUCAUCAACUACGAUCUCCCCGCCAACCGGGAGAACUACAUCCACCGUAUCGGUCGUGGUGGUCGUUUCGGCCGAAAGGGUGUCGCCAUCAACUUUGUGACCGCCGACGACGUCCGCAUGAUGCGUGAGAUUGAGCAAUUCUACAGCACCCAGAUCGAGGAGAUGCCCAUGAACGUUGCCGACCUCAUCUAGACGCACCCACAGCCGAACUCGUUUUUACUCUCUUUCCUCUACAGACAUCAACUUACGCCGCUUUCGUACACGCUGGUAUCUCACCGCAACAGGGGGCUGAAUUGUCGAGUUGGUCAUUAGAGGGCAAGGGGCUGCUUUGCCACAGUUGACAGGCACGAGCGCAGCACAGGAAAGGGUUGCGCAACAAAAAGUAGUUCUGAUUUCCUUAAAGGGUGCUCGAAUUCAUUGCACUGAUUGCUUUUCGAUAUCCGCCGGGGGGUUCUUGGGCCUGUGCCCACCGAGGGAUACUGGACGGAUCUGCAUGAAGUACUUUCCAGUUUUGUACUUAUUGGUCUGGUUCUGCAAUGAGAUUGUCGUUUAGAAACCUACCUCUUCAACUCCACGGCCGCCGACCUCGGGAUACCAUUUCGAUUGAAGACCUCCCCAUAGACAUGGUUUGGCAAAAGGACAAGCGUUUCCAGACGCUUCAGAUAGACGGAGGAUAAUGAUAAUGGACCAUGACUUGACUCUUUUUGAACCUUUGUCUCAUGGCUACUUGUUGAGUGUCCCGUAGUACUUCCUUUCAUGUACCCUCUACCUCUAACAUACGCAUUUUGAGCAAGACGAGCUUUGCUCGGCUGUCCGGUACGCGAUCACAGCAUCUAUCCCUCCCAACAUUCGUAGGAUGGCCUCUUGUGAGGCAACCUCCUGACUUCCUAUAAGAGAACUCCCUAUGGGUCAACAUACGAGAGGUAGGCCAGCUAGUCACACUGGCCCUGUUGUGAUAUCAUAUGAUUUGUUUAAAGAUAUGGUUGUGUUGUGUUAAUGGUGGAUGUGAC